UUGACCUGCUACAGCAAAAGCUUGAGCACACUUUCGCCAUACACCAGGCGAACAAGGAGCGGCAGUUUGCCUUUGUGUCCACCUUGAUUUCGUAUUUUGGUAAAAUUGAAGCCAGCUUCACCGAACGGCUUGCUUCUCAGCGGAAUGUCCUCGGUGGCGUGGGUGGCUCGCUUGAGUGGCCUGAAUCCACCACUCACCAAAUCGCUUCAAUCUUCUUCUGGAUCAUCGACAGAGUCUCUGUCAUCCAAUCGUGCGGUACCCUAAACUUUAUCAAUUUAAAAGAAUAAAAUGCUUAAUAAAUAAAAAUGUCACUGAAACAUGCAGAUGAUAAUUGUGAAUAGGUGUGCUGUGGAGCUGUUAAUAUUUGAAUAUGGCUGAAGGAGCCGUUGUCUCCUCUUCGGGGACGCAUGCCUCCUUUCUGCCUUCUUCACCUGCUCUUGUGUUCGUUGCAAUACACUCAAACCAUGAUAUUGUCACGGUUAUUAGCCGUAAACACAAAAGGACGAAGAAGCCAGCAUCAUGAGCGGCAGUCUCUGGCGUUUUUCCAGGAAGACAACGUUGCGCGUCUGCUCUUGCGCUUUGUUUUUGUAUGUGAAUAGAGCCUUGCUGUUAACGUCGAAAGGAAGCCUUGUGUCCUGUUCUUUGCAUGUUGCGACACUGGGGGAGGUGCGGGGCUUCUAUGACUGAUGCUCGAGACUCCUCCACGGUCCGGCACUUCAAGUCCGACACCGGAACCUGUUCCUUCAGUGGAUACCCCCGUCCACCACUACAGUCGCCGACAGGGAGGCCUUAGUCCUGAAGUGAUUCCCCUGGAACUUUCCCAGCAAAGCACUCUGCCUGGAGAAAUGGCAACUGCAGGUGCUUCCCAGCUGACUUUUGAGCAGCCUCAGAUUCCGGAGACAUUCCAUGAGCAAAGUGGUGAUGAGAUGGCUCGUGAGGAUGUUGCUGAGUUGGAGCGUUGGGAGCAGGAGCAGAUGAAGAAGGUUGUCAGCACUGCACCGCUCUCGUAUGCAGGUUGCAGCCGUCCCAACACCAAAGGGACAGUGUGUGGUGCCAACAUGCUUCACAGAGCAGCCCACUGCUGUGUCGGUCCAGGACCGGCAAAACCUCAGCUCACAGGCUGUGCUCGAGCGAAUAACAGAUCGACACCCGUGAUCCUGGCCUUGGAGGAGUGUAUGAUGUCUCUGCUUUGUCAGCGCAGUGAGAAGCUUGUGCAGCGUAGGCACCAGGACAUCAAAGACCAGGCCGAAGAAUGCAACAUCGCAGUGAAGGCGAUGCGAGGCCAGCCCGUAGAGGCUAAUAAUCAAGGCAGCCAGCAACGAAGUUGGCGGGCAGCUGAACGAGAAGGCCGCAGAGUGCGCAGACACAAGGCUCGUGAGGCCCAGCAUCAAGGCUUAGCACAACCACGGAAUUUGGUGCAUCACGGUGGCAUGUCCACCGAUGAUGAGCAGCCCGAUGCCGACAGGCUGUCCUUCGACAAGGAGCGAGAGCUAAUCCUGGAUGAUGCAAGGCACGUCUUUGAAGAUGUAACUGAGCAGUUCAGCAGUGUGACUGCCCUGAAGCAGAAGUUUGAGCGCUGGAAGGGAGACUUCGAAUCUUACGAGCAGGCAUACAUUCCUUUGUGCUUGGUCAAGCUCCUGGUGCCCUUUGUGCGACUUCAGGUGGCUGUUUGGAAUCCCAUUGAGGUUGGACAUUUUUCAGAUAACUCUGUCCUUGGAAGUUCUUCACCUGCCCACAUUCAUCUAAUUGCGUGGCAGUACCUUGUGCAGAAGCCCGAGAGUCCUGAAAGCUGUGGGUGGUAUAAUGCACUCCUGUUCUGUGGUGAAGACACACCUGAAGACCCUGAUCUGUGCCUCCUGCCCCGCAUUGUGGAGCGUGUCCUCCUUCCAAAGAUGGCUGGUCUCACUAGCGAAAAUGUCUGGCACCGCAUGUCCAGCACCCAGACACUGAACCUGGUGUGGACAGCCAAGAAGCUGGUUGAGGAUUACCCAACUGUCAAUGCCCAGAGUCGGCACUUACAGAACUUCAUGGCCAAGAUGGCUGCACGCAUUGGCCGAGCUCUAGAUGAAGAUGUCUACAUUCCAUUAUACCCUAAAGAGGUGUUGGAGAACAGGCCGGGCACACCUGCAGCCUUUUUUCACCGCCAGUUCUGGUCCUGCCUUAAGCUGGUGUCAACGCUGCCGACACCAUGGCUGCGCGAGAGCCAGCUUCCACAGCUGGAGUUGUUAACACGCUUUCUACGAUUCUACCUGCAACACCUGGAGGGUGUCUCUGGUUCUUCCAACCUGGGACCAGAUAUGCAUGCAAGAAAUGCUCUCGAAGAAGUUGGAAAGCUACUGGCUUCACUUACAGACAAGACGAAAUGAUGAGAUGUAUGUUGGAAAUAAAAAGACACACCUUCACAUUGCAGCAUUCUUGCAGCAAUGUGAGAGUGCUAUAUAUGCAAUGUGUGUUGUCACUUUUCGUUCUUCAUUAUAAUUUUCUCAGUGUUAUUUAAAUACGUUGCCAUUGAUUGCAGUUUCAAAGUGGAACCGUCCAGUACCUGAAUUUGUUUACGAAACUGACAUCUGACGGAGCCCUUAAACUUUGUUGUGUUGAAUAUUGCUAGUGACACUGCUGUAUUUAUUGUUAUACAAGUAUUGUUAUCAAUCGCUGUUCUUUUUCCGAGUCAUGUUUGCCUGCAUUAGUGUGAAAUAAAACAAUAUUUGACUUG